ACAGACUCCGGAGGACUCAGACUGUAACCAUUAAUUGCACAGAAAACAACUCAUUUUACGCCUUUCAGUAAAAAACGGUGAGCUGCUAAUCAGAUGGGUGUUUGAAGGUAAAUAGUUAAGGGUAUUUUUCAGCAAUCACGGUUCUAAUGGAGCGACUCAGGGUGGCGUCACUAAUUACACACCUGUCGGUAUGAGGUGGGGCCGUCUUGAGUCUUCAUCAAAACCGGUAUGUCAAAGAAGAUAAUUGUGUAUUAUGUACAUACGCGAACAAAAGAGUCGUUGCCGUCCUCAUCCCGGCUGUCAGGAUGAGAGCCGGGUGGUUGAAGCGACCCCUCUUCCUCAUGGCGGCCAGCGGGCUGCUGUUGGUCCUGUCCGCCAUGUUGCUGAAGAGCGGCUAUGAGUACGGACACACCGACACAUCGUUUCCCGACGUGAAGAGUCGACUCUACGACGUGGAGGUGGGCGUCAACAACCUAUAUGAUAUGCUGCGAGGGUUUGAGCAGAAACAAGCCAGCAUGAUGGCGCUUCUGGAAGAGAGCAGAGGCCGAAUGAGCAAAGCAGCGGAGGCCAAAAAGGAGCAUGAAACCAACGCACCGGUUCAACCCAAAAAGAAACCGCCUGAAAUAAUAAAGUACAAAAAACUGUUCCCUCAGUCCUACCUGUUCAGAAAGUGGGGCUUGGAUCUGUCUGAAGAAGAACAGCGCAAUGCCCAACAUUUGUUUGAGCAGUAUGGCUACAACGUUUACCUCAGUGACCGCCUCCCCUUAGAUCGAGUUCUCCCGGACACCAGAGAUCCAAGGUGUUUGAAAAAGACUUACCCGGAAGAUCUACCAAGUCUGGGGGUGGUGUUAAUCUACCUGAACGAGGCCCUGUCUGUCAUCAAAAGAGCCCUGCGCAGCAUCAUCGACCGCACCCCCAAACGCCUGCUGAAGGAAAUCAUCAUGGUGGAUGACAACAGCUCGAAAGAGGACCUGAAGGGAGACCUGGACCGCUACGUGGAGCAGCUGGAGCAGCAGAACCCAAGUGUUCACAUCAUCAGAGUGAGACAUCACCAUCAGCAGGGGCUGGCUCACGCCAGGGUUUCCGGGUGGAGGGUCGCUACCGCUGACGUGGUGGCUAUUCUGGACGCUCAUAUUGAAGUCCAUCACAUGUGGGCGGAGCCACUGCUCACACAGAUCCAAGCCGACCGAACGGUGGUGGCGUCUCCCGUGUUCGACAAGGUCAACUUCGAUGACCUCACCGUCACCAACUACGCUCCAGCCGCACAGGCGUUCGACUGGGCCAUGUGGUGCAUGUACGAGGGCUUUUCUCCCGACUAUUACAAGCUCGGAGACGCCUCUCUGCCGGGAAAGAGUCCGUCUGUAAUGGGGAUCCUAGUAGCUGAUAGGGAGUAUCUUGGAGAAAUUGGAGUUCUAGAUGAAGGAAUGAAAGGGUACGGGGGAGAGAAUGUGGAGCUAGGAAUUCGUGUGUGGACGUGCGGGGGCAGUAUCGAAGUGGUUCCAUGCUCCAAGAUCGCCCACAUCGAGAGGAGCCACAAGCCCUACUUGUCCGACCUGAGCGUGGCCAUGAAGAGAAAUGCGCUGAGGUUAGCAGAAAUCUGGAUGGACGAAUACAAACACAACGUCAACUUGGCAUGGAACCUUCCACUGGAGAAUCACGGGAUUGACAUCGGCGAUGUUUCGGAGCGGAAAAAGCUCAGAGAGCGGUUGAAGUGUAAACCUUUCAAAUGGUAUCUGGAGAACGUGUACCCCAAGUUGGAUUCCUGGGACAACAUACUGGCCUAUGGAGCAAUGAAGAAUCUGGAUGUCAACAGGUGCUUAGACCAAGGCCCGCAGCCCGGGCACACCCCCAUUGCCUACGGCUGUCACUACUUUGGAGCCCAGCACACCUUCUACCGCCAGAGCGGUGAGCUCUACGUUGGAGGCAUGAAGUCGCACAAGUACAGCGACAACCGCUGCUUAACCGACAUAGACGGGAAACAGACCGAGCCUGGUUUGUACCCCUGCAAAGAAGCCCUGAAGAUGGGCAUGAGCAUCUACUGGGACUUCACGCAGGGCAAGGAACUGAAGAACCGCAGCACAGGAAGAUGUCUGGAGAUUAAGGGUGGCCAACUAACGAUGCAACAAUGCUCAGGGCAAAGAUGGGAAAUCCAAAACAUCAUUGUGGAUUUUUAAACACUGGAACUGGAAAGUAUGCCUCCGACAACAACUAAUGUGGCAAACGUAAAGAACUUGGUUGCAGCGCUUUAAUUUUGGAGCCAUUGGCGUUAGAAAUGGCACAUCUGUUCAUAGUUAUUUUUCAUGAAUGGAUUUUUUUUCUUUCUAAUAAAUGUUAUUGACUGUUUGCAUGCUGUU